ACCCAUUUGAUAGGGUUAAGGAAGUUCAUAUAAACAACGAAGAAGAAUUUGUCAACAAGGUCUUGGGUAGACUGGCUGAAAAAAUGGGGGCUCGGUGGGAUUAAAUAUCCAGUGGGUGCGGAAUCACACGGAUGUUAACGUUGUUAGAGUUGAUUUGCCUGUGCUCACAUGUCGUGAGAUCUAAAUCUCACGGGUUGCCGUGCGCUUCAACCGGUCAAUAUGACUGACUACAGUAUGUGCUAUAUAGCAGGCGUGAAAUGAGAAUCGUUACAGUCGACGUAUUUAAUGUCGCCACCUCCUAGUUCUUACCUCUUACCGUCGCAGCCCCCAAGCCGAUCGACAACUUAAAGAUCUACAAGUUUUUAAGCAUCCAUCUCAUUGUUUUCACUUCAGCUAGACUGGCAUGUAUGACACCUAUGGACACAGAGGGAGACCUUCCUUUCCGUCCCAGGACUGGCAAGGCAGCAGCCACCCCUCUGCUUCCUGAGGUGGAGGCGUAUCUCCAGCUUCUCCUGAUGGUUUAUCUCACCAACAACAAGUGCUACAAUGAGCAGGAGAGACGUGAGAGGGAGCAGAAAGAUUUGGAAGUUUGGAGGAUGAUGAUGAAGAUGAAGACAGUUUCCCACAAUCUGCAGCAGCUUCUACCCUACUUUUUCUGAUUUCUUUAUUCACAUGUCUUGUCUACCCCCUUUUUGGGUAUGGAUGGUUGGGACAUGUCCCUUGCAGUAUUGUGGGAAUAGCGUCUGUGUUUACGAGGUUGGGUGCUGAUAUGGUCCCUACCAAUGUUGAAACCAAACCUACACCCAAAGGGGCAGAGGAUUGCCCAGGGCACCAUACAAGCUAGAACGGCCACUUGCUGUCGGAAGAACUACAGUGUAAGCCUACUGCCCAGACGGCCCCUACUCCUGACACACAAGCUGCCUUGUUGUCUUUCUGUAAUUUGUAAGUACAUAUGGUUGUUAUGUAUCUGUGUCUGGCAAUUUAGUAAUAACAACACUGCCUAAUGUUACAAUAAUCAUCACACAUAAAUCCAGGACUAAAGUAAACUUUACUUCAGUUAAAUUCUGUACUCAGAGGAAUAUAGAAUUCACUGGCACCCUGCAAUAAACUGUUUUCAUGUUUACUUUUCAUUUCCAAUUCAUAAUUAAUAAUUAUUUUGAAUUAAAAGUAACAUAGAAAGUCAUUUUCAUAUGUAACUGCUACACAACAGUCUAUUGAAUGUAUUCUAGUGCCAUUACAUCCAUUGUUGUGCAAUUGUACAGUUUAGUAAAUAUCAAA